GCCGGUUUUUUUUAAGGCAGACUUCCUCUACUCCUCCCCCCCCCCUCCCCGUCCUCAACUCCUUGCUCCCGUUGAUCAUCGCCCAUGAUGUGGCGGCAUAUUCUGCCAGCCUGGACGGGAGCCGGGUGGCUGAAGGCCGAGGAAGGAGAUGAAGAAGUGUCUUUACCGAUUGUUCCCGAGGAUAAGCACUCGCUUAUCUGCAGCCAACUGCGAGCGGAGGCGGCGUCGACGUCUGGGAGAGGAGGGGGGGGAAGGGGAGGAAUAUCUCAUUCUUCAAGUCGCCAUGCGCGGAAUGGCAGGGACCUGGUGGAUUUGUAUUCGAAAUCGGUCCGCGUGACACGACACGUGUCACGGCAAUUGCUGUCGCUCAUGGAUGAGGUAAGUUGUCAUCUUCGCUUUUGGGAGGUGAGGGCCCGGGGAUCGCAAGGGGCCAAACUAAGGUUCAUGCUUCUGGAGAGAGGGCCGAUAGAGUUUGUCAAAGGGGUGGGGAAGGUGUCCAAGCACUUGCUGGUGACACGUGGCAGGUAUUCUGAGAGUCUGACAGAUCAGGCCACGUGGCAGAUCGCCGAGAGGGAGGGGUUGCUCCGUCUUCUGAGGGAUCGGCUUGCAACGGCUAUCGGAGAUGUGCACAAGUGCGCGGCGAUUCCUCUGUCGAGGCUGACGAUACCGGAUGGAGGGGGAGGAGGAGGCGUGGGAGGAGGUGGGAGCUUAGGAUUGGGGGUGGGAGGCGGGGGGGGAGGCGGACUGCACGGGGGAACCAAUCCUCGCGUGGUGAUUUGCUCUUCGCUCACGGCGAUCCAGAUUUCCCUCUACAAUCUAGAAGAUUCCUACGAUCUCCCGAAGGAGUCCGUGGUGUCAUCAGCAGCAGCAGGAGGAGGAGGGGAAGGUGGUGGAGGAGGAGGGGGAGGAUGGUGGUGGAGAGGAGGGGUAGGGGGAGGGGGAGGGGGAGGAUGGUGGAGAGGAGGAAGGCUGUUUGGGGCGAGCGAAGAGGAUAAAGCAACGCCACGUGUGGCUCUCUCCUUGGUGGAAAUGGGUCUAGAUCUGCAUGCGAAUGCCAGCUGGAGUGAGUGGAAUGACGAGAAGAUCGAACGCGCCAUCGACGUGCUUUAUGAGAACACCCGUUUGAUUGCCACGGUAAUCGGACGGCUGGUCUCGUACUACCGUCGGCCGUCCAAGCUGACACGGCGAUGGGUUCGGUACGCCGGGAUCGGGUUGGCGACCGGCACCUUUGUCGGCUUCCUCAUUCGCCAUAGCCGGUUGGCGGGAAGCGACGAUCUGGAAAGGUGGGCGGAGCAAGGUGGGGAAGCAACCAGGGCGUUCUGGGACGAACACGUGGCGCAACCGUGGAUGCUAAUUAAGGAAGACCUGUUUGCCACUUUCCGCAGCCGUCCUAAGGGAAUCGUCGAUCCCGAGGAGGUGAAGCUGACGUCGGAGUCCCUGCGCCGCAUGAUGAUCGCGUUCGUUGAUGACGUGGCCGGACGGAAGGCGCCCUCGCCGGAUAUCCCGACCGAUCAAGAGCUGAUGGAGAUGGUGAUGAAACAGUACGAGGAGGAGGUUCUCCAUCCUGUGCGAAAUCUGGUUGGCGGCGAGUUGAUGCGCUCUCUGUUGAUUCAAAUCCAGCGGCUGAAGCUCAACACCGAGACCGCCAUGCUGGAGUUGGAUCAGCUGCUGCGCGCGAACGAGUUGAACUUUGCGUUGAUGGCCGCUUUACCCGCCAUCAUUUUGUCGGUUUUCGGCCUGGAGGUUCUCCGGCGAGCAAUCAGAAGUGCGCGGGGCGAGCGAGGCCGAGGCCGCUCGGCUGUGCGAAGGCGCAGGAUGCUGUUUGCUGACGUGGAGAGGGCGGUGUUGGCAUGCCACGUGUACCUAAUCGACCUCCCCUCCGGCGCAGCGCAACACGGAAUGCUGCUUUACAGCCUAGAGAAGCUGUAUCUUGCGGUUCGGGCGCGGGCGAUGGAGAAUCGAGAGUGGAGGAGGUUGAGGGAGGACGUUGUUCUGCUGUCCAACCCGGAUAUCGGGGUUGAGCAAAAGCUUGCACUCACAGCGUCCAUGGCGCGGACGUUCGUCUCCUUGGGAGCGCUCCCUACCUAGUAAAGUUGUUGAAAACCGCAGCAGUGUCCAUUGAUUGUCGUCAGAUAGUCAGAUUGCCAAUCAAUCAUCAGCCACAAGUCGCGCGAAAACCACAGAGCUUAUUCACUUCGUCGUCCAUGGCUCCCAACCUUCGUCUCCUUUGGAUCGAGCGCUCUUUAGCGGGUAAUCGGAGAAUCCAAAGGAUGAUUGGCAGAUAGGCAGAGGUCAGAUAGGCAGAGGUUGAAGUCCAGACGAGAGGCGCAAAAAGCUUGGCAGCGAUUAGCCGCUACUAACAGGUUACCCGCUAACGACCGCUACUACUUACGAGGGCGGCGUCCAUGGCUCGAAGUUUCGUAUCCUUGGGAGCGACCGGUCGUUAGCGGGUGACCUGUUCAAAUCCACUGAUUGCUAGAUUGGCAGAUGAUUGACAGCUAGGGAGGGAGAAGAGAGAAGAUAAGAAGGUACGUGGACCGUAAGUAGCAGCAGCUUGGAUAAGGGAAGAUGUUCAGGACAUGCAGUAGUAGAUGAGAUGGAUGGAUGGUUAGGUGAGAUAGAAAUAGAGUAGAUAGGCAAAAGAAGACGAAACGAUAGAUGGAUCCUUGAAAUGAGGAUUGAUGAUGAUGGGUAGAGCGGCGAUGGUGAUGUGAGGAGAGCUUGGAUAUGACGUGGCACGUGCUGUACUACGAGGAGACAAGGGCCGCUGUCAUCAGGAUGAAGGAGCUUAGGGGUGGCGCAGAUUUAUGAUGCUUCAUUGCUCAGGUCGAUAUACCUCAAAAUCAUCAGCAGAAUUUUAUUUUAUUGACAAUGGGAGGCUGUGGAUGAUGUGUGACAGAUUGAUCACCUCGCCAGUACUACAUGUAUAACGGCUUUAUCCCUAGCACAGAUUGAUUGAUGCUUUUCAAUCAUUCUGUCGUCCGCUGAUUCAUUUUAUCCAUUCCAGGAUUUCAUUGAUCCCGUGCUGCCUGCUGUUGACGUGCGUGCUGCGGCGCUGAAGUGCGCGCGCGCAUUCGGGUGAUCGGGAUAAGGAUGGGGAGCAAGAUGACGGUAGGGAGGAGGACCACGAUGGGGAGAAGGAUGAAGAUUAUGAAAGAUUGGCGCGUCUAGUCAGAGUCUAAGAUAUCUUUGGGUUGUGUGUGCUGGCGGCCUCCCAGGCACACACCACGACGGCCCCUUGGCCCUUAGGACGGGAGGCUUGUGCUGGUGAUCGGGGAGGAGGAGCUGAAGGGCGAUGACGGCAGUUUGUAAUGCAGCGUACGGUUAAAACAUUGCCACGUGGCGGCAAACUGUGUUAUCAAGACUGACAGGUACUGGUGUGUAUCAUUGCUGUGGCGGUGAUAAUGAUAAUGAUGACGACGAUGAUAAUGACAAUUGUGACGAUGACGAUGGAUGAUGAUGAUGAUGAUGAUGAUGAUGAUGAUGAUAGAUAGAUGGCCUAUGAAGAAAUGAAUAUGACAGGCACAG